CUGAGAGCAGCGCAGUCGAAAAAAAAAUUGAACGGUUGUGGUUGUGUAUGUUGUUCGAAAUCGAGGAAAUCGAGUGGAAAGCGGAGCGCAGAAACAAGAAAACAGAGUAAAGCACAAUUAAUUAAUUGUAAUUUGCCCGAAAAUGCAAAGCGGUGGGUGCGCGCGCGGUCUCUUAGUUAUAAAUUAAAUUAUGAAUAAUUACCGCAACUUUGCAAAAUUAAAACGAUAACAUAAACGUACAAAAAGGAGGACAAAGAGGAAAUCAACGAGCGAUAAAAAAAAUAAUCAUCCUGUUUUUUGAAGCAAAAGUAACACAAGAAAACCGGAGGGGAAAGAAAUAAAAACAGCAACAAACUGAAAUUACAUAAAACCUUGAAGUUACACACGGAGAAAUUACAAGAUGAUUUCCGAUUUCCCAUCGAUCGACCGGCAGGGAGAUUCAGUAUCAUCAGUACUAUGGUAAUAUCGAUCGGUUCGAUGGGCCUCGUGCCGCAGCCACAUCGAAAAUUUGCAACGUAUCGCAGGCUGUAAAGGAAAAUCCCCCCCAACAAAAAAGGAAAACCAAACUGCAACGCUAAAUUGCAGAUAGAGGAUAAGAUAUUAGCCGAUAGAAGAGGAAAACACAGGGGUGAAGCACCACCCCCACCCACCGUCACACAAAUGAGGGUGCCACCAACAGGUUGACCACCAAAAAAACAGAAAAAGAAAAGUAAAUAAAAAAUAACAAACAAAAUAAAAUAGUAAUAAAAAAGCCAACCGCACGACAAAUAGAAAAGGCAAUAACAACAGAAACCACCAAGCCGCAAAGCCAGGCCACCGAAAGAGAAAGAGUGCUGAAACAAAGCGAGAGAGGGAGAGCUAGAGUGUAAGCAGUGUAAGCAGUGGAAAACCCCCUGGAAAAGCCGCCCCUGGAAAACCACUAAAAGCCCGCACAACAAAAUGUUACAAAACUCGAACGCCGCCGCCGCUGCCGCUGCGCACUCGGCAGCGCAGGCGGCCUCGGUGGCAGCAGCCUCUGCCGCCGCAGCGGCCAACAACGCGGCCCUGGCCGCCUCCUCCAUCCAGCCCAAGCUCAUCGUGAUCCGCCGGCGACCGAACCAGGGAUUCGGCUUCACGCUGCGCCACUUCAUCGCCUAUCCGCCGGAAGAUGAUCAGGCAUCCGCAUCGGCAUCGUCGGCGGCAGCAGCAGCGGCAUCGAUAUCCGGCAACUGGCCACAGGAAGCCUCCAGUAUGGCCGGCAGCAGCAGCGGCAGCAGCAGCAGCGUCGUCGGCGGCGUCGCCGUGGCCGGGAUCACCGGUUUGGAGCCAACGUCGCCGACGUCGCUGCCGCCGUACCAAGUGAAAGCGAUGGAGACCAUUUUCAUCAAAGAGGUGCAGGCGAACGGACCGGCCCACUACGCCAACCUGCAGACGGGCGACCGCGUGCUGAUGGUCAACAACCAGCCGAUCGCUGGCAUCGCCUACAGCACCAUCGUCUCGAUGAUCAAGCAGACGCCGACGGUCCUCACGCUGCACGUGGUGCCCAAGGAGUGCGAUGUCCUGCAGAUGCACUAUACGAGCAUUGCCCACACGCCGGAGUCGAAUCGCCUGACCAUGUCGACGCACUCGCCCUCGCUGCUGGCCAACGGCUCCCACAAGACCACAUUUCCAGCGGCAACAGCAGCAGCAGUUGCAGCGCCACCGCAGCAACAUCAGCAGCAGCAGCAACAGUUGAUCUCAUAUCCCGCUGUUGCAGCAGUGACCACAUCAUCGCCGGCAGGAUCGCCGCACUCGCAUCCCAACUCCCAUCAUGCACCAUCCCUGCACGGAGGCAGUCGAUCGGGCAGCAUCACCAGCACGGCCAGCGGAGGCAUCACCAUCCUGAGUCACCAGUUCUACCCACAGCAACAGCAGCAGCAACAUCGUCAUCCGGCGCUGACUGGCGGCAGCAGCAGCAUCGAUUUCGGGGACAUGGCACACGGACUGCGCCAACAUCAGCAGCAGCAGCAGCAGCAGCAGCAGCAGCAACAGCAGCAACAUCUCUACCAGCAGCAGCAACAUCAUCAUCAGUUCAUGCGUGCCAAUCAGCCGCCAAAUUUAACAGUAUUAUCGGCCAGCUCGGCAACGAACACGCCCACACCCACGCCCACUGCCCGCCAGCCCAAAUCCUCGACAGCCCUCAGCCAGGCGUUGUAUGCGGUCAGCGCGGGUCCCGGUCCCAGUUCCGGUUCGGCGGCAGGAUCUGGUUCGGGACCCCAUUCGGGGGGCAGCGAGAACAGCGACCUGAUGAUCCGUCUGCGCGAGUCCAUCAAGCAGAAGGAGGAGUUCCUCAAGUCGCCGGUGCCCGCCUCCCUGUCCUCCUCCGCCUCCUCGACCAACGGCAAUCAGGCGCAAUCCUCCUCGCCGGCGGCACAGCAGCAGCAUCUGCAGCAGCACCAGCAGCACUUCUUUCCCUCGCACACGCCGCCAGGUGGUGGUGUCCAAGUGGUGGUGCCACCGCCGCGCAGUCGCCACCAAGUGCUGCUCAAGCAGCAGCAACAGCAACAGCAGCAGAUGGAUCAUGUCUUGGGCUUCGAUUUGUACUAUUCCGGUGGCAAGCUAGUGCAGCGAUCUUCCACAGCUCCUAGCAGUGUGAGCCACCACCACCAGGUGCAGCAACAGCAGCAACACCAGCAGCAACUUCAGCACCACCACCAGCAACAUCAGCAGAUCCAGCAGCAGCAACACCGCCAGGUGAUGAUCAACAACAACGCAAAGUAUGCCAAGGAACUGGACUAUUUUGAGACGCUGCAGGAAACAGGUGUCACCAACAAGGUUUUCGAGCGCAAACUGGUGUCGCACAUGUCCAAGGGCUUCGAUCCCUUCAAGCCGCUGUCGAUCAACACCAGUGCCCUGGAGUCCUCGGCCAGCACGUCGAGCAGCUCGACCACGACGACGGUGAAGAAGCAGAGUGUGCUGUACGAGUCCCUGCAGCAGCAUCCGCUGGCCAAGUACCACCAGACGCAGCAGCAACACCAGCAGCAUCAGAUGACGACCUCGACCACGACGACGGUGGAUGGACAGACGAGCAGUCGGAUGGAGCUGCACAAGGCGACGCUGGCGAAUGCCACCAUCGAUCCGGUGCCCGUGGGACCCAGCAAGUUUGUGGCGAUGCCGGAUAAGCCGCCCGCGGGUUCCUCCGUUGCCACCUUGGCGGACAUUGCCGAGAGCAGUGCGGCAGCCAUCGUGGACUGUGCUGUGGGCAGCGGCAACGUGGUGCGGCGCUACAAACCACUAUCCUCCAGCUCCUUUGACGAAGGCAAACCGAUGCGCAGGAUCUCGUAUCUGCGGGCCACCAACAACGAGGCCGACUUUAAUGCGGAAGCGUCAGCUAGCGGAGAUGCCGCCGUAGCUGCAGCAGCAGGAUCGGCAUCCGUUCCAGCAGCUCCACCUCUAGCUGGAACUGCUCCUUCCUCAGCCGCCCCACCAACUGCACCCGCAUCCGCUCCCGCUCCAGCACCCGCUCCUCUGCCCAUUUCGAUCCCCAUGCCGGUGGCCGCUGUCGUGGAGCCGCAGAAGACGAAAUCCCUGGUGGAGGAGCAUCCGGAUCCCACCUACGAUGUGAUCGGUGGCACUGGUGGCGGCCACGAGUUCAUCGAAACGCCGAAUGGCUUGGAGGAUGUGCGUCUAUCUGCCCACGGAAGUCGCAGGGCCUCCAUGAGCAGCGACAUGCGAAGCAGUAUCCACAUCGAUGCCGAGUUGAAUGGAAAAUAUGUGCCCAACGAACUGGAGGCCUUCGAAACGGAGAUCGAGAUCAAGUCCUCUUGCAUCAAUGGAAAGCGCAUGUCCGAGUACCGAUCGUGGCGUCAGGUGAAGCUGGAGAUCAAGGGCGAUCUGCUGCGCAUCUACUCAGGCCGCCAUGCCAAAUCGGAGCACAAUGUGAUAGAACUCGAUAUUAGAAACUUUAAGUUCUUCGACGAGUCGCUGGACAAGAAGAAGUACUUGAUCCGCAUGCAGUCGAAGCCAUCGCCCAGUGGCGCCCACCUGGCCUCGCUGGGCAACGAGUUGAACCUGGACGAGGGUCACCCGGACAAGCUGCUGACCUCCUCGGGCAGCAGCAGUGUGAACGAACCCGCUGCCAACUCCACGUCGGCCCUCACCGCAUCCACCUCCUCGUCCACCAGCAGCAGUGGUCCCUACACGGAGAUCCUGUUCAAGACCAAGAGCAGCAACGAGAUGAAGCGUCUCUUCGGACUGCUGCAGUGGAAGGACAGCCUCAACUACGAUGAUAAUCAGGAGCAUCAGCAGCAGGGCAAGCAACUGGCGGAGCCGCAGAAGACAGUGGCUAGCGCCAGCUAUCUGGACGACGUCCAGGGCGGAGCAGCGGACAGUUCCCCCCUGAGCUCCCAUUCGGGCGGGAUUGCCGAGGCCAGCGGCGGCCACCAUCAUGUUUCCGCGCUGCCAGCAGCUGCGGCCAUUGUGGCGGCCACCAGCGACUCAAUAUCGCCGGUGAUGAAGGCCAGGAAGUCCAGCUCGCACAAGCAUAUACCCGACAAGGAUCUGGGCUCGCCCAAGUCGAAGAACUGGAAGGAUUUGCUCUUCCGUCGCGGCGGCAGUGGCAGCGGAGGAGUCUCCCACCACGACCUGGCCUCGCCAUCCGCCUGCGCGGCCAAGCAGAUCGGCUCCAUCGGCGUGCCCCUGCGUAGCUGCCCCAUGUCGAAGGUCAAUGGCCAUGUGCCGCACCUGGUGGAGGUGUGCACGAACAUCGUGGAGACGAAGGGCCUGGGCGUGGUGGGCAUCUACCGCAUACCCGGCAACAAGGCGGCCAUAUCGGAGCUGUCCGAGCUGGUCAACACCAAGGACUUCCAGUUUGAGAGCUGUGCCACCGAUGACCGCUGGGAGGAUGUGAAUGUGGUGAGCAGCCUGCUCAAGCUGUUCAUCCGCAGCCUGCCGGAUGCCCUGAUGCCGGCCAACUACUAUAUCAAUUUCAUCGAGGCGGACAAGAAGUUCGGCCUGGAGAGGAUCGUGCUGCUGCGCGAGAUUGUGGAGUCGCUGCCGCGACAUCCGUACGAGACCAUGAAGCACUUGAUUCGGCAUCUGUGCCGGGUGAGCGGCAACUGCGAGGUGAACCGCAUGGAGCCCAAGAACCUGGCCAUCAUCUUCGGGCCCUCGAUAAUCAGGACGCCGAAUGACACCCUGGAAACGGCGGUAAAGGACAUGAAGCACCAGUGCCGCAUCGUGGAGCUGCUGGUCACACAGUACGAGUACUUCUUCGAGGGUGGCAGUCUGCCGGAUUUGGCGGAGGUGAGCGGCGGUAACGCCGCCGUGAACGCCGCCCAGCCGCAGCAGCAGACGCAGGAGGACCAGACGAGCAUGCUGCUGCACAACCUGUCGAAGAUCGAGCGGAUCACCGAGCGCGAGACCACGCGCACCUCGCGCUUCAUGCCCCAGCUGCGGCGCAAGACCCAUGGCAAGCGUAGUGCCGUGAACUCGGACACGUACUCUGGCGAGAGUGUUCUGGUAAGCGGGAGCUCCUCCUCCACCACCACAACCACCAACACCACCACCACCACCCACACCACAAGUAGUAGCACAAGUAGUAGCAACACCAUCACCACAACCAUCAGCACCACCACCAUCCAGCAGCGACGGGCGCAGCGCAAGGCUGUGCAGAGCAUUUGCGACCAGGCUCUAAUCCUGCUCCUGCCCACACCCGUUUCCUCCGUCUCUCUUCCCUUUCAGUCGCUGGACUACGCCAAGGUGUCCACAUCCGCCUCGGCCUCGGCAUCGGCCAGCAGCACCGCCAGCACCUCGAGCAGCUCGACCCUGCACAGCGGUAAGGCAUCGUCCUCAUCGAGUUCCACCGCCAAGUUCAGCUCCUCUUCAUCGUCGGCCUCCUCGACCACGGCGGUGGCCGUCUCCUCCUCCAUCUCGGCCACCUCCUCCAAGCUGCUGAGCGCAAAUUUCAAGAAGCGCAGCACGGGAGGAUUCCUCGGCUCGAGAUCCUCGCACCAGACGCGCAAGGCCAGCCUGGAUGAGAAGGACUCGGGCCAGUCGUCGGGGAGUCUGGCCCACAGCCUGGGCGUGGGCCUCAAUCUGGCCAAGGAGCAGCAGCGCAGCAGCGUGGACAUAUCGAUCCUGCUCACGGACGACGACUCCAGCAGCAGGCUCAGCGAUACGGGUUCCAUGUCACUGACCACUAUCACGGACACGCUGGACAGCAAGCUGCGCAACCUGCGCAGUGGCUCCGAGUCGAACGACGAGAACGGGUCGCCCGAGUUCCCCAAGAACCGGCGGCACACCCUAGGCCAGCCGCUGCACCUGCACUCCGAGAACAUUCCGUAUGCGGACGAGUCGCCCGAGCGGCUGUUCCAUCAGUUUUGUAAUCCCCUUGACGCGGCCCCCCUGUCGCUGCACCUGAGUCGCUCCUGCACGGCCACCAACACGAUUGGCGCUGGCGACGAAAAGCCAUCGAAGCAGGCGAGUGGAGUGGCUCCACUGCCGCCGAGUCUGCUAAAGGCGGCCCACAAGCUGCAGCACUCGGCCACGGUGCCCAUUCAUCAGGGCAGCUCCACGGCGCCGACCAGUGGAGCAGCCACGCCCGUAGGCACGCCAACUGGGAGCAGCAGUGGCGCCGGAGCCAUUCCCUCGCGCAGCUCCUCGAGCAGCGUGACGACGCUGACAAAGAGCAUACAUCCCAGAUUCAGCAACUACUUGAGCUACGAGCGGAGCAGUGCGGCGUCCGCCGCUGGGGGAGUCGAACGCUCGGCAGUGGCAUCCGCCGCCGGAGGAGCAGCCUCCGAAGACGACUCCGAGGGCUCCACGACCAGCGAUCCCAAGGAGAAGCUGCUGCUCGGCGAGCGGCCGUCGCCGUCGUUUUUUCUCGAGCGCUACAACAAGAAGAGACGCGAUCAUCGGUUAUUUCGGAGUGCCAGCUUCAAUUGCCGGAACUACUCCACCCGACACAUGACGGCACAGGCGUCCUCCUCCGGAGGCGGAGGAUCGGCGGGGGGAGUAGCGGGCGGAGUAGCUGGACCGGCGGUGGCGGUGGGCGUUGCCUGCUGCCAGGCACUGAGUGCCACCGGUCUGACCAAGGACGAGAAGACUGACAUGAACCUGACCAAGAAGCGCCAGAUCCAAAACAAGCAGAAUCGUUCGAUUAAGCGGCGGCACACGGUGGGCGGACCGCACGACUACUCCGCCAGCAAUGGCAGCUGCUCGAAUCACAGCCACGGUCACGACCUGGCGGCCAUCAAUUACAAUCACCACAAUCGCCACCACCAGCAGCAGUUGCUCAAGCUGGGCAGCGCCACAUCGGCCGGCGGAGGCGGUGGCGCAGCGGCGGCCGAGACGACGACCACCACAACGACCACCACCACGGUGCUGCGCCGUCUUGGAGCAGCGGCUGCCGCUCAAGCUGGCGCCGAAGCCAGCGUGGCCCUGCCAGGAUCAGGAUCUGGAUCCAGCAGCAGCAACAACAACAACUCGCCGCAAAGCGAUGGCAGCAACGGCAACGGUGGUGGUGUGGCGGGAGUGCCCUUGAGUGCACAGCCAUCUGGAUCGGGGGUGGUCACCAACAGCAGCAGCGGCGGCAGCAGCAACAGCAGCUCCACCAGCACCACUCCUGCUGGGGAUCAGGUCCUGGAAGUGGGCAUACGCAUCAAGAACAUCAACCGAGGCCGCUUCUAAAAUCCGUUUCACAUGGUUCACACAGUCUGUCUGCUGAACUCACAUUUAAAAAGAAGCAAACAUAAAACAACGUUUUAAGGAACCUGAUUAAAACAUGGUUUAUACACCAUAUCAUAACGUAAUGGAACCACCCUAAAAUAGCAGUUGCUUUACAACCACAGUUUACACGAGUAUUAACAGGGUUUAAUAUGAAAACAAAAACAUAAGAUGAAUAUAUUUAACAAUAGUCCGUUAAACACACAAAUGCUAAACACACAUUUUAAAACCAAAAGUUUAAAUGAAUGUUAACCUGAGCAAAGUUGCUAAAAAAAUAAGAAAUCGUAGUAGCAAGAGUAAUUUGAAGACAGCCUGGUAGUCUUGCUUCAAAACUUAUUUAAAAUCAAGGAUAUUUGUGGCAAAGCUACUUGAAUAGGCGCAAAAAUACCUCUAGCUACUUCGAUUCUGUUCAAAAUAGUCACCAUAAUCUCUAUAUUACUAUAUAUCUAUAUCAACGUACAGUUGCAAUGUUCGAAUGUCCGAAUUGGGUUUUAAAAGUUAAUCAAAUGGAGUGUUGGAAUAGAUUUGAUUGCAAAACCAAUCAGGAGAUCAGUCGAGAUACGUAUUAUCACAUAUUCUACCACGAUAUAUUAUAUAUUCAUGUGCAGAUCCCCGGGAGUUGUGUCGAAAAUAUAGAAAACUAUGAAUAUAAAGUUAAAAACCAAGCAGACCAACAGGAAUAAAUAAGGUGCGUUAAGAUGAUUAGUUGGCACAGAUCCGAGAUUGAACGGCUAAAUGCACUGUAACAAGAACGAACAACUCCCAGGGGAAAAGAAAUCUUAACAAUGCAACGCAGAAAAAACAAUCUUAGAUGAAAAAAACUAUACGAGGGCAGGAAGUAAUUUAUUCGCACACACAAAAUACACAAAACACACAGUUUAAAUGGGAACCAAGCAAAGAAAUAUGGAUGCAGACAGAGAGAGGUAUAUAUUCGAGAGACAGAGAGAGAUACAUAGAGCGAGAGGGAGACGGAGAAUCAGAGAGAGAGAGAGAGAACUAUUUUGUAAAACGUAUACAACACAAUACAGAAAAUCGCAUAAAUAACCACCUAUGUAUAGGAACAAUCGAAUGUGUCGCCUGUCCUAGAAAUAUCAAGGAGUCCCUCUGACAACUAAGUUGUGCUAGGUCUUUACUAGGAAUCCGUUUUUUGUUGUUUAAACGUAGUUUGUUCUUAUUUGUGUACCUGUGUACCUGCUGUUAAAAAAAAGUGGACGAAAAGGAGAUCCCAUUUUUGGUGCCUUAAAUUAUUUGCUUUAAAUUCUGGAAAACCUAUUUUUUUAUCCACAACAAUUUUGUAUAUUUUUUUGAUAAACAAAACCUGUGUUUACCUUUGGCGGUGCUGUAGAAAAUGCAUUAUAUAGGUGCAGCUAUAUAUAUAUAUUUACAUAUAUUCCGCACACAAGGUGAUGUCUAGGCAGGCGACCAGAGGAAGGAUACCAUGAUCGAAGUGAGGUUUGAUUGAUAGAGCGACUAUAUGUUUACCAUAUAACGCAAGAGAGACGGCAUAAAUUUACAUUUACAUAUAAUAUAAUAUAUAUUUUUGUGUAGUUUGUAUAUGAUUUAAGUUUGGCAAAACGGAGAACGCAUAAAAGUACAUGCAAAUUUAUAUGAUUAAGCAAUUAGGUAAUAGUUGUAUAGUAUUCCUCCCAUUUGUUUGCUGUAUAUACGAAUUAUUUUUUUUUUGAUU